GGUCAGUCUCCUUCCCAUCUCAUCUCUCGCUCUCUAAUUAUUUUAUCAUUUCUACAACAAUUUACACUCUUUUAAGCAAAAACCAGCCUGGUUGUCAGUUUCUGCUUAAGCUUGCUCUUAAAAUAUCCCUCCUUUAAAAUGACUCUCACUUUACCCCAUCAAGUUGGUGUGUCUUUUUCCAGUUAAGUAAUGCUCUCACUUUCUUUGGUGUAGAUAUUCUUGUGGGUUUCGGUGUAGUUCUUUAUAUGAAUUUUGGGAUGGUUGGGUUUGACGGGUUGAUGGGUUCAGAGACAACCGGUGGGUUUGCUUCUUUUGUUUCAGAUCCUGUAAACAAGCACAAGUGUUACGGAUCUACUGGGUUCCUUAAGCAAGAGAGAUCUGGUACCAAUGAGGAUGACUGGAGGAGUUCAAAAGUGGCAAAAAGUGAUGAUUUUUCAUUCUCCAAGGCAACGUUGCUUCAGCAGAGAAACAACUCCUUACUGAGAUCUAAUACCACUCUUUUCGAUGGUCAACAACAACAGCAGAUGUUGAGUUUCUCUUCUCCCAAAUCGGAUUCUCUUUCACUAGAUAGAAGCUCUGAAAAUGCUUCGUUGCCUUACUAUCAAUUUGCAUCGUCUGCUUACAGUAGAAACACAGGUUACAAUUGCGGAAACUUCAACGGUGCAAAUAUGCACGGGGUUUUGGCUGGUGCCAAAGGACCAUUCACUUCAUCACAGUGGAUGGAACUAGAACACCAGGCCUUGAUCUACAAAUACAUCACUGCAAAUAUGCCAAUACCCUCUAACCUUCUCUUCCCCAUCCGAAAAGCUCUUGAUUCUACUGGCUUUUCUAGCUAUUCAGGCGGCCUUUUCCGGCCCAAUACAUUGGGAUGGGGUACAUUCCAUUUGGGAUUCUCCAACAACACCGAUCCUGAACCUGGAAGGUGUCGUAGAACUGAUGGGAAGAAAUGGCGGUGCUCAAGAGAUGCAGUUGCUGAUCAGAAGUAUUGCGAGCGCCAUAUGAAUAGGGGGCGCCAUCGUUCAAGAAAGCCUGUGGAAGGCCAAUCAGGCCAUUCCGCCGCUGCCACUACCACCUCCAACUCUCCCAAGUUGAUUCCCACCACCUCUUCUGCGGUGAUGGGCUCCACUAGCAGCGGCGGUGCAUCCAGCAGUCUUGCCAUUGAGCACCAACAACAGCACAAAACCUUGCAGCCUGGUGGUGCAUCUAGUCUCUCUGUAGCUGCAUCCAUGAAUAGGAUUUUUCUGAACAAGGACAAUGUGGUUGAAAGGAAGCAAGAUACGCCAGGGCUGUCAACGCUAUCUCCUGCUAUUGACUUGAAAUUUAAGGAGAACUCUUUCCUCAUGUCAAAACAGCAAAUCCCGUUUCAAGAAUCUUCACGGUCUGAGUUUGGACUUGUUUCCUCUGACUCCCUACUAAACCCUUCACAUAGAAGUCCAUUGAUGAGUUGCAGUAACUUUGGUUCUUCUCAGGACCUGACUGACCAAGAAACUGAAACCCAGCAUUCCCUUCGCCAAUUUAUGGAUGAAUGGCCUAAAAAUCAGCCCAAUCAAUCAGCCAUUUCCUGGCCUGAAAUUGAUAUGCAGUCAGACAGAACCCAACUCUCUAUUUCUAUCCCUAUGACUUCCUCCGAUUUCGUGUCUUCCACCUCGUCUCCCAACAAUGAUAAAGUCACACUCUCUCCACUCAGAUUGUCGCGGGAGAUUAAUCCCAUUCAGAUGGGACUGGGAGUGGGCAGUGUCCUGAAUGAACAAAGCCAAAGGCAAGCAAAUUGGAUCCCAAUCAGUUGGGAAUCUACUAUGGGUGGUCCUCUUGGCGAGGUUUUGCACAAUACAAAUAACAAUAACGCUACAACCAACGGUAAAAAUUCAUCUGCGCUAAACCUCAUGGGCGAGGACUGGGACAAUAGUCCUCGGCUAUCUCCAACGGGAGUUUUACAGAAGACUGCAUUCGGUUCACUUUCUAAUAGCAGUGCAGGAAGCAGCCCAAGAGCAGAGAACAACAAGGCUCGCGAAGGUGCUAGCUUGUGCAAUGACCUCCUUGGCUAAACUCUUUUUGAAUUCUUCCUCCUUGCUGGCCUGUAAUGACUUAACCAAUGGAGAUGAUGGAAGAAGAAUUAAUUGUCAUUUUGCUGACAAUUUUGAACAAUUAGUUUUGGAUGUUUGUCAAAUAGUUUGUUAAGUUUCUUUAGUUGUGUAAUUUGUAUUGAUUGUCUUGGUUUGCUUAUUAAAAGUAGAGACUUUUGACUAA